CUGUUGAAGUGAUUCGAGUGACAAAAAGGAUUUAUUAGCAUUCACUCUGAUCGUUGGUUGGGAUCCUGUGGCUAUAAAGAGCAUCUUCUCCUCUUCAGUGACUCAAAUCACACACAGAGAAAGAAGCAUUGACGACUUUCAGCUGAAGUGAAGCUGAAUAUGACGCGGAGCCCGGCGUCCAGCGAGGACGAGAUGGCCCAGAGUGUUUCGGACCAUUCUCAGGAAUCCAGCUCAGAAAGUUUUAAAGAGGAGGCCAUCUAUGAGACGAUCAGGACACAACAGACUGUCAGCCGAAUGACGGACGUCCAGAGCCACUCGCUGGUCAUUAGAGUGAAUAUCCCAGACCUGCAGCAGACAAAGGUCGUGAGGUUUGACCCCAGUGCCUCGGUGUGGGCCGCCAGACAGCGUCUGCUGUGUACUCUGAGUCAAAAUCUGAAGGAUGUGCUAAACUACGGUCUCUUCCAGCCGGCCAGCGACGACAGAAACGGCCAAUUCUUGGAUGAAGAGCAACUCGUCGCAGAAUAUCCACAGCUGGCCUGUGAGGGCAUCCCGUCUCUGGAGUUUCGCUACAAAACCAGACUGUACGAUCAGCCCGGUGCGGAUGAGAAGCAGAUUGCCAAACUUCACACAAAGGCCAACUUGAGGUGGUUUAUAGAUUGCAUCCAACAUCAUCAGCUAGAGAAACUCUCCAAAAUGCUGGACCGAGGCCUGGACCCCAAUUACCAUGACAUGGACACUGGAGAGACACCGCUCACGAUUGCGGCGCAGCUGGAGAAUAUGGUGGAGUUUAUUAAAGCGCUGAGACACGGAGGAGCUCAUCUGGACUUCAGGGCUAAAGAUGGCAUGACUGCGCUCCACAAAGCAGCUUGCUCUAAAAACCAGGCCACGCUCAAGACGCUGCUGGAGCUCGGGGCUUCGCCCAACUAUAAAGACAGUCGUGGUUUGACGGCGCUGUAUCACACGGCUGUGGUUGGUGGAGACACAGACUGCUGCGAGCUGCUGCUGAACCAGAACGCCUCCGUCUGCUGCCAGGACGAGAACGGCUGGCACGAGAUCCACCAGGCUUGUCGACACGGUCACGUCCAGCACCUGGAGCACUUGUUGUUUUUCGGAGCAGAUAUGAGUGCUCAGAACGCCUCGGGAAACACAGCGCUGCACAUCUGUGCUCUCUACAACCAGGAGAAGUGCGCUCACGUGCUGCUGGUCAGAGGAGCCGACAAGGAGCUGAAGAACUGCAAUAAUCAGAGUCCAUUCCAGGUGGCCAUAAUCUCUGGGAAUUUCGAGUUGGCGGAGCUGAUUAAGAAGCACAGAGAAAGUGACGUAGUGCGGUUCCCCGAGGUCCCGCUGAACUCCAGACAGCAACGGUCUCUCCAGAAGAACAGUCUCUCUGGUUCUCGGGCGCUGCUGCGCUCCAACAGUGACAUGAACCUUGUGGCGCGCGCCGUGAGUCCGGAGCAGCUCAGUCUGUCACCGCAGAAGAUGCAGAGAGACCCGAGCGGCCGGGGAAAGAUGACGGGCCGCGGCGGCAGAACCGUCCCGAGCAGCUGUUCCCUGUCCAUCAGCCUGGAGGACGAGCAGAGCACGCAGCAGAAAUGUGUCAAUGGCAGGCCGUGUGGCCAGAGCUCCAGGAGAAAGCUGUACAGCGCUGUUCCCGGCCGUCAUUUCAUCGCCGUCCGCUCAUACCAACCUCAAGCUGGUGGAGAGAUCAGCCUGCAGAAGAAUGACAGGGUCAGAGUUCUGAGUGUGGCUGAAGGGGGCUUCUGGGAGGGCUGCUGUCGAGGGCAGGUGGGCUGGUUCCCUGCCAGGUGUCUGGAAGAGAUUCCUGUCAAACCUGACAAAGAGAGACCAAAGAGCAGAAUGGAGCGCAGCGACAGGAAAAAACUCUUCAGACAUUUCACUGUCGGUUCCUAUGACAGCAUCGACGGCGACUGUGUGACCGAGCAGAAAACAGUGGUUUUACUGAAGCAGGAGAAGGAAGGCUUCGGGUUUGUGCUGCGAGGAGCUAAAGCAGACACACCCAUCGAGGAGUUCAUCCCGACUCCUGCGUUCCCCGCGCUGCAGUACCUGGAGUCUGUGGAUGAGGGCGGCGACGCCUGGCAGAUGGGGCUCCGCACGGGGGACUUUCUCAUCGAGGUCAACCAUCAGAAUGUGGUGAAGAUGGGACACCGGCAGGUCGUUAACAUGAUUAAACAUGGAGGAAACCGUCUCGUCCUUAAAGUGGUGACGGUGAGCAGGAAUCCCGAACAAGACGGCAAAACCUGUAAAAAAGCUCCUCCUCCACCCAAGAGACCCCCGACAACUGCACUCUCAAUGCGAUCCAAGUCCAUGACAUCUGAACUAGAAGAAUUAGAUAAAUUUGAAGAGACAGUGACGCCACAGAAGCUUGUGCAUGAAAAAGGAUCAUUGGACAAAGUUGCCACGAUCAAGCCCCGCCCCUCAAGUCGCUUUUUGGCCACAUCCAUGGAUUUUAAUCCGUCCACGUCAGAAAGGCCAGGAGUUGCUGUAGUUCCCCCUAGUAUUCCUGCAAGAUCCCAUGGAAGUUAUGUUCGUGUGCCAAAAAGCUGUAUGAGAAGACAAAAGUCCAUUGGAAUUGCAGGAGAAGAAAAGAAGCUCCUCAUACCUCCACUGCUCAAGUUCACCAGAAGUCUCUCUAUGCCUGACACAUCUGAGGAUAUUCCCCCACCUCCAGGCGUUUCUCCUCCAUCCCCACCUCACAACCUCAGUACUCCUAUGGCACAAGUAUAUGAGCCCAACCAGCCCAUUUACACACAGAACUCAACAGGCAGAUGCCACACUAUAGACAGAGAUCUAGUCGGGUACCAUCGCCAGAACUUUGAACAAUAUGUCUGUCAAACUCCUUCAGCUGUCCAGCAAAACAUGUGUUCCCAUAACAGGGCCCAUGUGCCAGAGAACCCAUAUUCAGACAUAGUUGGCAAAACUUUGUAUAUCCCACCAAAACCAGCUCGUAGGAAGGGUAUAUUGGUAAAGCAGCUAAAUGUUGAGGAUAGCCCUGAGAAAACCUGUUCAAUCCCAAUACCAACCAUUAUUGUCAAAGAGCCUUCGACUAGCAGUAGUGGCAAAAGCAGCCGGGGAAGUAGCAUGGAAAUUGAGACUAGUGCCUCCGAGCAGCCAGGCCAACUACGGCCAGACGGCAGUCACAUCGUGAGCAACCCUUUUGCAGCUGCUAUUGCAGGGGCAGUACGUGACCGUGAGAAGCGGCUUGAAGCAUGCAAGAACUCCCCAGCCUUCCUGUCGAUGGAUCUCGGAGACGAGGAUCCAUUUAUCCCAACCCCUCGUUUACACCAGUCUAUGUCCAUAGAUGAAGGCAUGUUUGCCAGCGAUAAGAGUUUACAAAAGCUUAUGGCUCCACCAGCUGCUUUAUUAGAGGGCCAGCAAAUUGGAAGUGGAGGCAACAUGGCUGACUUUACCAUCCCAGAACCAACAACUGAGCCCCUCACAACACGCACCAGGAGCUUCCCCAAUACAGACGGUCCCAUCAGUCUCAAUGAUGGAGAUUUACAAAACCAGACAUCAGGAAAGACUCGUGAUAUUUGUCCACCCUUGGCUCUGGGUCUAGCUGCAAGUAAUAGAGCUCUGAAGGAGCACGUGCAACCCCCACUUCCUCCACCUAAAGGAGAACCUCACAAAGCAAACCUCAACCAGCCACUCUUCAUAGACACCAAGCUACGGUCCAAUAUCGAAGCCAACUUUGUUGCCACAGUUGCAGUGGGUCAAGCAAAAGAUUGUGGAGGCUUGUUUAGACACACAAGAGACUCCAAUCACGAAACAGAAAAGGCAAAGGAAAGUAAUCCAUCCGAGCAGUCGAUAAACACCAAUAACACAUCGCAACAGAAGUCAGCGAGGCUCCUCAUGGUCCACACACAAGAUAAGGCCAAGCCACAAGUAAACAGUCAGCCUGAUAGAUUAGAACAAGAAGAGUCCCCUGGAAUGGACAGUGCACCCAUUGAUUCCAACAUCAAACGUACAGCCCACAACUCCCAGCCACCUCAUAUGAGGAACGUCUUCACCUCUGCCACCUCUGUGGAGGAGCCUGUCAAGUUUCCCUGUACCAUUCCUCCUCCCCCAAUGACCUCAGUGGAUAUUGAUGAGGAGUUUGAACCCUUGCCUCCACCUCUGGAGUUUGCCAACAGCAUUGAUGUUCCUGAGGACCAGGUAGUAGAGAUUCUCAAGCAGAAAAAUAAUAAUGCAACAAUAGGACCUGUUUAUCAUUCACAUGCUUCUACAACUGAUGGUGUGGAGUCCAAGUGUCUUUCGGGGCUUGUAAACUGCAUGACUCCUCACACCUACCCUCCACCACCUCCAGAAAUGUUUGAGCCCAUCACGGACUCAGGCAUUGAGGAAGCUGACAGUCGGAACAGUGGGGACCCUCACUUUGAGGCCAAUAGUACAAUUUCCACAGUGUCCAGUAUCUCUACUCUUUCAUCAGAGGGAAUUGACGACACAUGUAUAGCCUAUGCAGACGGCCAGACUCUUUCGAUGGACAGACCACCUGUUCCACCAAAGCCAAAAAUUAAGCCCAUAAUCAAUAAAAGCAAUGCACUUUACAGUGACCCUUUGAUACACGAGAGCAUAGAGUCCUUCGGACAGCCACCACCGGCCCCUCCGCCACCCCUGGGUUGUGGAGCACAAUCUGAGCUUCGCAAAAAGCUUGCUCAGCGAGGCAGUAAACUGUGGGACCCCCAUGAGUUUCCGAACCCCCUCAAUGCAGAUCCUAAAGCCAAUGUGAUCAAUGAGCUUAGCUCCAAACUUCACCAGAGGAACAAGGACAGAUUUCCAAUACAGGGAGGGUCACCACCUGCAGGAUCCAGGAGCAUUGGAUCAAGAGAUUGGACGGCCCAAGCCUCAGGUACCAAAUGCAGCAACACUGUUCCCUCAACAACCCUGAGCCACUUGCCCCUUCAGGCUUCCAGUCCAGCCUCGCCUCCUCCUGAAUCUGGUCGUUGCUCUUCUCUGCCAGGCUCUGCCGCCUCCCCCACAUUAACAGAUGUGUUUAGCCUGCCAUCUCCACCCAUUGUGAAUGCAGAGCAAUGCUAUAGCCUCAGCUCAGUCAGCAGUCGAUCGCCGUCCCCUCUCACGGUGUUUCAGGCUUCAGACAAGCCCUUUGCCGACAAACCCAUCCUACUCUGGACCAAGCACGAUGUAGCCGACUGGCUUGAAAGCCUCAACUUGCAGGAACACAAGAAGGCCUUCUUGGACAAUGAAAUUGAGGGCACCCACCUUCCCAACCUCCAAAAGGAAGACCUUGUAGACUUGGGUGUCACCCGUGUUGGUCAUCGGAUGAACAUUGAAAAGGGUCUCAAACUUCUAAUGGACAGAUAAAGGGUGCAUACACUCGGUACAGUGCUUGGCAUGGAUAUUGGCUUGAUCAAUCCCUCGUUUUCUCGAACUUCUUUCAGUCUAGAUGUCUUGCAUCUGUUGGAAAUCGUGGGGCGAUGUUCCCUGUAUUGUUGUCAGAGGCACAGUAAGUACCAUGGAUGCAGAACUGCACUCAGGAACACUUCUAAGAGGACUCGUUCUUGCCAUCAAAAGCUUUGUUUAAAUGUCUGGAGCUUGUCUCUAACCAGCAGAGCUUGGAGGUCCUUUCUUUUUUACCUUUGAUACAGCUAUUUCUGAGAAAAUUUCAUUCCAGAUGUUGUCUGCAAACGUUCUGUAUUUGGCAGAGAACAUGGAUACCCAGAAAAGCACUGUUGUUUGGUCUUUAUAAAAUGAGGUUAGCUGAAAACAUUAAAUUCACUCAGGCUUUGACAGGAACAUGUAUUCACACCCUUAAUAUUCCAGAUAAGUGCAAGGGAUGGUGGCGCUAGUGAAGCUGCUCUUCAUCCUUGAUUUCCAUGAGACUGAACGAGGAUGGGGUCACGUACAGCUUUGUCUGAUCCUGUCGGCGAAAAUUAAAUACACGUAUGCUUUCCCUAACAUUUCCCUAAACAAAAAUAAUAUUUCUUGUGUUCUUGCUGCAGAUAUGCCAAGAUAUAGAGAAUUAAAAAACAUAAGGCUUGAGGAAGAACGUUCUUAAUGAGAGCUUGUGGCGUAGCUCAUAAAUCAGGUGUAAUUAUUAUUGUGCUUAUCAGCUGCCAUGGAUCACAUACAUCUAUAAUAGCCUCGCAUUAAGGUAGCGACAGAGCUUUUUUAUAUUGUGUCUUGGCUGUGGAUCGUGAUGUUGAUUGUAUGACGGUGGAUCUUAAUAUGAGGUUGCUGAGAACUAUAAGAAAGUGGUGGAGCUCAAACGGACUGAGGCCUGAUACUUCAGCUGAAGAGCCAGGUGUGACUUUUUGAAAAAAAAAAAAAAAUUACAAGGUCAAAACUAUUUUGAAAAAUGAAAUGUAUGCAUAGAUGAAUAGCUCACAAUAAGAUCAAUAACACAUUUAAAAGAGAAGCUUGGAAUUAAAUGGAAAUUCACCCUAUUUUAAUGCGAGUUGCAGUUUUGGAGAGAUUCCAAGUUGGAUUUCUUUCUUUGUCGGGCAGUAAACAAGAGGCUGUAUUAAUCAGUUUUUGUCAUUAUAAAACUUGGAACCAUGUUUCUUAGCCAACAUACACUAUAUAAAUGGAGUAAAUGAUUACUUUUAAAUUUUGAUUUCUGUAUGUGCCGCUCACUGCAGUACUGAUAGUGGUAAUGUCUCUGAAACAUAUAUAGUUGCUAUCACCUGCUGCUGAGAUUCUGAGUAUGAGUGAAUAUAGAACAAUGUUUUUAAAAUGCGGGCCAGAAAUCAAAAAUCGCAAGCCUUUCCUGAACAAAGGUUUGCCAAUACACUGCUGCUACUGUGAAAAUAGAUAUUUUACAAAAUAGAUCAUCUUUGGAUAGCAUACAAUAGAAGAGAGUAUUUUCGAUUUAUAUGAUCAUAUUGCCUUUUCUAAAUGCAAUUUUAAUGGUAUUGCUCCCACUUAAGUGUGGUUUGCCAAAAAAGAGAAAUGUUUGACUAAAAUGGGUGUAUUUGUUAGAUUCUUAAUAUAGCAAAUCCAAAAAAGCAAUAUAUUUAUACUAUGGAUAAUACAGUCUGUAUGUAUUUAGAUAAUGCACCCCAUCAUUAAAGAAGCACAAUGUUCACCUGAUAAAACACUGCUGGUUUAUCUAUAGAACUGUCAAUCCCUUAUUGUUUAGCUAUGAUUUUUUCCCCUUUGACUUCAACCUAUUUUGCUUUACUUUGCUAACUACAUGUAAAGACUUGUGUUCACAUUGUUAAUGUUGCUGUAAGAUCUUCUUAAAUGCAAUUAGUAACUCAUUGCGGUGACCAAGAAAACAGUAGGAUUUGCGAGUUUGAGCGCAGUUACACCUUGUAUGGCAAACGAAUCUGAAAGAAAUAAAUAUUGCUGGAGUUGAGCUCUGUUCCUGUGCAUCAAUGCGUCUCACAAACACAUGCACUUGAUGAAAGCUACUGUAAGAAAAACAGUUUCAAACACGGAGAGUAUGGCUACAUAAUGGACUGUGAAAAAUACUAACAAUACUAGUUUUAUUUUUUUAUUCUUAAAUGAUAUUUCUUAUAAAACAUCCUUGUAAAGAGAGCCAGUAUAGAUGAGCACAGACAAUUUGUUCGAAAAAGAUACUUAACUAAAAUUGCAAAACACAGAUUAUGUCAUUAGUUGCUGCUAAGCCAUUAAACAGUAUUUGCUCCUGUGUGGAUUGUCAUUUAACAGCAGAUCAUUUGAUAUAAUUCAGCGUCACAGACAAAUGUCAUGCACUCACAGAAAGAUCGACAUCAAUCUGCCAGCACAUCGAGAGCGAGUCCAGAUGAAUCAGAACACAGAGAAGCACAGAGACGAUGCAAAUCAGACAGACAUGCAGCUCACGCCACAUAACGCAUUAACAUCUGAUUUUAAUACACAACCCUUCAAAUACCACCAAAGUGAUUUUUAUGAAUGAUUUCAAACACUGCGAUGGAAUGUCUGUUCAUCCUGUACUCAGACGUGAUGCAGAAUUCUAGCAGUGACGGAUUAUGGCAUUAUAUUUUGGCCUUCAUUGAUUAUGAUCAUUCAUAUUUUCAAACUUAACGCAGUUAAUCCCUAUUCCAACAC